AGCCCGCCCCUCAGCACUCCAGCUCCAGCUCCAGCUACACUCCAGCUCCAACUCCAGGCACCAUGCGGACCUCCCUGGCGCUCAUGCUGGCCCUCGCCGCCAUCCUCACCACUCACCUGGCAGCCGCCGGGCCCUACCUCGAUGACCCCGUCCCCGAUGACGGCGUCGAGGACUACAGCGAUGGGAACCUAGAGCGUCUGCUGCAGGGCGCCCAGCAGAAACGCGCGUGCAUCCGCCGAGGAGGCACCUGCGACCACCGGCCGAAGGAUUGUUGCUACAAUUCGAGCUGCAGGUGCAACCUGUGGGGCGCCAACUGCCGCUGCCAGCGUAUGGGACUCUUCCAGAAGUGGGGCAAAUAGGCGCACCACCACCACCGCCGCCCACGGGCUCUCCCUCUGCCGGCGCCCGCGACUGCCGACUGCCUCGCACCACCCACGCACUUACCUUGCGCUCUUACACUUAGCUCACUUUCUGCCAAACCCAGUUUUGAAUAUACUGGCAAGCCAGUGACAAAAAUUUGUCAAAUCGUAUAAAAAUAUGUAAUUGUUUGAAAUAUCGUGGAUGUGUAGAGUAGUCUUACUAUAGUUUAACAAUAUUGAUGAGAUUCAGCUGCCAUUUGUUUCGAAUCUUUAUGGCUCAUUGUACCAAAUUUAUGUGUGCCUACUUAAAAUACCAUUACUUAAACUUUAAUAGUCGUCUGUCUUCAUGAACUCUUCCUUUUGAAACUAUAACACGUAUUAUUUCUUAACUCAAUGUAUUAUUUUAAAAAAGGUAGGAUGUUGCUAACCUACAAACAUAGUCGUACGUUUGAUAAUGAAAACUGUAUACUUCUUUUAGAUAAAACUCCCCUCAACACUCGUGGAGACGAAUAUACAUUCUGAUGAAAUAAUGCUGAACGAUGAAGUUUCUGUGCCUGUAGUGCAUUGCAGCUUGUAACAAUAAAACUAUAUGAAACGAAAUAUUCUAAAUCCAGUAACCCUUAACAGUAGAACACACAUACAGACACACACACCACACACACACACACACACACACACACACACACACACACACACACA